AAGGCCUAUGUACAGUGCACCAAAAGGCCGCCUCUCCCACACAUGGCCAGCACCCACUUGUGCCACCAGAUUUCCCGGCCACCCCAAGGCCGGAGCGUCUGUUUCCGCCGACUCACCACCGCCAAACGCUCCGGAAUUUCUCUCCCGCCACCCAAAUAUGUCGGAAAUAACAGAAGCCUAGCCGUCAGAACACAGACACAUUUGAAGUGGGCACUUAGACUAAGCAUAGUAGAUCAAAGCCCGCCAACAUCAACGAUUGACAUGAAACAGUUAGUGAAUUUCUUGUACGAUGAUCUCCCUCAUCUCUUUGACGACCAAGGAAUUGAUCGAACGGCGUAUGACGAUCAGGUGAAGUUCCGGGACCCAAUCACUAAGCAUGACAGCAUUGGUGGGUAUCUCUUCAACAUAGGCCUCUUGAAGAAUCUCUUUCGGCCACAUUUUCAGUUGCAUUGGGUGAAACAGACAGGGCCCUAUGAAAUAACUACAAGGUGGACUAUGGUAAUGAGUUUCAUUCUUCUGCCAUGGAAACCAGAAUUGGUGUUCACAGGAACCUCUAUUAUGGGUGUCAACCCAGCCACUGGAAAGUUUUGCAGCCAUUUGGACGUUUGGGAUUCUAUACAGAAAAAUGACUAUUUUUCUCUAGAAGGAUUAUUGGAUGUAAUAAAGCAGUUGCGGAUUUACAAGACUCCAGACCUAGAAACACCCAAAUAUCAGAUACUGAAAAGGACUGCAGAUUAUGAGGUAAGAAAGUACAGCCCAUUUAUAGUUGUGGAAACCGAUGGAGACAAGUUGUCAGGAUCAACUGGCUUUAAUGAUGUUGCUGGAUAUAUUUUUGGAAAGAACUCGACAAUGGAAAAGAUUCCAAUGACCACCCCUGUCUUCACUCAAGCAUUUGAUGCUGACAAGUCCAAAGUAUCCAUCCAAAUAGUUCUUCCUCUAGAGAAAGAGAUGAGCAGUCUACCAGAUCCCAACCAAGAAGCCAUUAGCUUGAGGAAGGUGGAAGGAGGCAUUGCUGCAGUGUCAAAGUUCAGUGGAAAACCUAUGGACGAUAUCGUUCAAGAGAAAGAGAAAGCACUCCGCUCUAAUCUUAUUAGAGAUGGUCUUAAACCUAAAAUGGGUUGUUUGCUUGCUCGCUACAACGAUCCAGGCCGAACAUGGAGUUCUAUAAUGCGGAAUGAAGUACUCAUAUGGCUGGAGGAGUUUUCACUGGACUAGUGCAUUGAAUAAAGUCUCUCUUUGGCUAGCAUCCAUAGCUGUUGGACAGUCUUGACUCCUUGGAAGUUAUGAGCAAAGUUUGUCUGGUUGGAAUGUAAUGAAAUAUAGAACCUCAUAAUUUUUUGAAAGCUCAUCUAUUCAUCCAAGAGAUUACAGAAAAUUGUAAUGAACCUUAACUGAACUUUAAAAUGGUUCUCUACUUUGCUUUUUUACA